UAAAAUUUAUUUGCCGAAUCGGCAAUUCAGCAUAGAGAUUCCUCAAAAUGGCGUCGAGUAGUGUUCACUCUGGCAAAGUUGAUCCGGCCAUUUUAAGAACCAGUGAUGGAGGAAGAAAGAAAAAAGUAGAGGACGUCAGUAUUGCAUUAGUUAGAGAAUAUCUUAGUAGGAAAGGCUACAAGUCAACAUUAUCAGCACUAGAUACUGAAGUACCACGAACAGAAGAGAGUAUUAGUAACCGUAGUGUUCUGGUGAAAGAAGCUGGUGUGGUCAACAUAAUGAAGUCAAAUAAGAAACAGCCAGAUCCUUAUAGAACUAUCAUUGAAGCUAUUGUUAAUAAUCAGCUUGAGACCACACCCACUACUCUGACCACACCCACCAACCCGACCACACCAAUUACUCCAACCACGUCUGUACGAACACCACCUACUCCUACAUCAACCACACCCAUUACUACACUGACCACACCCAUUACUGGUCCCUCCCGUACAAUCAACAAAACAAACGGCAAACCGGUCACUUACUCAACCACACCCACUAUAACGACAUCUGCUAGAAUAACCACACCCACCUCCACUUCAACGUUAGAUAGUACUAAGAAAGUAACAAGGUAUCAAAGUGAAGAUGAUUCUAGUAAAUCUAUUGGUACCAAGAUAACUAAUGAUGGUGGGCUGCUGUUGUAUGAAGACAUUGAAGAGGACAGUUCCUUUCUUUUAGAUGAUAAAGUGGUUUCUCAUUUGUUCAGCAGUAGCAGGAACAGUAAAGGAGAGCAAAUAUCUUAUAAUACUGCUAUAAAAUUAAGGGAGGUUGUUUUUGGCUCAGCAACCACUCACUCGUUUAACAGCGAAUGGAGGAAUCAAGGAUUUGUAUUUAAUAAAGAAGUACCAUCACUCAGUUAUGGGCUUGUACAGCACAAGGGUGGCCCUUGUGGAGUGUUAGCUUGUGUUCAGUCAUACAUCAUAAAGAAUAUGCUAUUUGCUGAUGGAGCAAAUAGUGCUGAUGGAUCUACUGAUGCAAUACCUUUUAUUAAUAGAAAGGAGCAGAAGGAGCUCCUCUGUAAAUCCCUUGCUCAGAUACUGUGGAAGGCCGGAGAGAGAAAGAAAGCAACAGUGACAGUUAGAUCAUGGUCCCCUCCUGUUAAAUCACUGACUGUCAGGAGCAGAUCAUAUUAUCCAGAUCAACUUACUGAGCUGCUAGUCGUACAUUCGUUCCUUGACUUUGAUCAGUUGCAAUUAUUCUUGCUCGAGUAUGUUGAUCAGUUUAUUUCUGCUGAGGAAGAAAAUGCUGGCUGUAUUCUCUUCCUAUAUUCAGUUAUAUUAAGCAGAGGAGUGGAAAGAUUGAAGACUGAUUUCGAUGAUGCUAAUAAUACUAAACUGCUUGGUGCCCAUGGCUAUUGCUCUCAAGAGCUAGUUAACUUGUUUCUCACUGGAGCAGGUACCUCUAAUACUUUCAAUGGAGACAUUGUAAUCGAUGAAGGAACAAGAGACUCACAGAGAUUGAAAGGUUUAUAUGCACAAAGUGAAAUAGGCUACUUAACGUUAUUCGAGUAUUAUGGCAGCUGCAAAGUUGGUGAAUUUUAUAAAAGUCCGGUUUAUCCUAUAUGGGUGGUUUGUUCUGAAAGUCAUUUUACAGUCAUAUUCAGUCUUAAUAAAGAUAUUGUGGACAAGAACAGCUGUUUUUCAAUAAUCGAGUUUAAUAUUCAUUAUUAUGAUGGCCUUGGGCAAUUUAUGGAACCAGUUAUACUUAACUUAAAUCUGUCACAGAGCGUCACUAUGAUUUCAUUAAACCUUGAACUAAUGCCACCGCUUGAACUGACCUUGCAUACAAAGUGGAAAGGUCAAAUAAAUUGGUCAUGUGACAAAAUCUAUUGAUUUUAUAUUGUAGUAUACACGUCAUUAUUAUGCAUUAUUAUUAUUAU